AUGAACAGUAAUAUGGGUAUGGCCGUUGUUUGUAUGGUAAAUUCAACGGAAUACAUGGACGCUAACCAGAGCAUGUCUGAAGACGAUGCAGCACCUCGGCUAAACUGGACAUCCGAUCAGGAGGGUUAUAUUUUCUCCGCAUUCAACGUCGGCCUCCUUUUCAUGCUUCUCACUGGUUUCAUAGCAGACAAGUUCAACGCGAAGUACAUGAUUGUUGCAAGUGUGAGCCUCGCUGUCAUAGCCAACCUGAUGAUCGCACAGUUCUCCAUAGUCAGCGUCUAUUUUGCUAUCGGUGGCCGAUUCUUGGUUGGAUUUGCGGAUGCCCUCUUGCAACCAGCCGUGAACUCUUUGAUAACUCGAUGGUUUCCAACUAGCGAGCGAAGCUACGCUUUGGGACUUGCAACUGGUGGUCGUCAGUUGGGUGAGAUAAGCUCCUCACCUUCAGAAUUCUUCACUUGGCCAAUUAGAACUGUCAGUUUAGGCACCCUGAUCAUUAUCCCUGCGGCUGGUGCCCUCUGUGCACAAACAGCACUAUUCGGUGGUUGGCCGUCUAUUUUCUACCUAUCGGCCGCAGUUGGUGUCUUUUUCGUCAUUGCCUAUUCUUUCAUCGGUGCCGACAAACCCAGCAAGCAGGCAUGUAUCAGCGACGCUGAAUUGAAAUUCAUCACAAUAUCCAACGCCAGCGAAGAUGUCGGGAAGAAGAGAACGGAACGACAAGUACCAUGGUUGAGGAUCUUAAGUUCACCGGCAGUCUGGGCAUCCGUGAUUGCUGUUGUCUGCCACGAGUUCCCACUGAUGACGAUGAUUAUGUUCUUGCCGAGGUGA